ACAGCCACAACGGGCAGUCAAACCCCCAGGCAAGUCACUGCACUGCGCACUCUGUCUUCGGUUCCACACCCAUAGUUCAACACCAAUUCAUGCUGAUUAAACUCUCAUCGAUGUGCAAACGACAUCUAGAUUGUUUAGUUAAAUUGUCAUUUUGUAAUCACUUGUGAUAAACUGUUUAUGUAUAGGUGUCAGUAGUUGGAGCAAAGUACAAUCUUGCGGCUGUAUUUGACAGAAUUUCAACAUGGCGAACAAUAGUAGCGGUGUGGUUGUGCCACGAAACUUUCGUCUGCUUGAAGAACUAGAGCAAGGCCAGAAAGGAGUUGGAGAUGGAACUAUCAGUUGGGGCCUUGAGAAUGACGAUGAUAUGACUCUUACUCAUUGGACCGGAAUGAUUAUUGGCCCCCCUAGGACUCCUUAUGAGAACAGAAUGUACAGUUUAAAAAUCGAAUGUGGUCAAAAGUAUCCAGAUGAUGCACCCAGUGUCAAGUUUAUGAAUAGGAUUAAUAUGAACUGUGUUAACAAUUCAAAUGGAGUGGUGGACAGCAGAAAUGUUCCUGUUCUCUCCAGAUGGCAGAGGGAUUAUACCAUCAAGACCCUACUCCAGGAGCUUCGGAGGCUCAUGACCAUGAAGGAAAAUAUGAAGCUCUCACAGCCACCUGAGGGCAGCUCUUUUUGAAGAAGCAUCUCACUCCUGCUCAGUGUAAGAGUGUUUUGUGACGGUGCUGCAAGAGACAUUAUAUCAAGUGAAAGAAGACUACUAAAUUGAAGGGUGAUGUGCAAGUUAAUGUGGGAAGACUUAGAAAUGCUGGUGAUCUUACUGUUAAUUUUAAAUUGGAAUUAACCUUGAAGCUUUGUACCCUAUCAAAACUUUGAAGCAUGUAACAUCAAUCACCAUAGCUGUUCCAUUAUCGCUGGAUUUUUAAUGUCCUGUUAACACGGCUUCCUUUUUUAUUUAAAAAUUAUUCUUUCCUGGGUUGUCCCCAAUGGUGGCAAUAAUUAGUCUUGUAUUCACCAGAGUUUGCAGAUGCCAGUUGCUACUUUGUCAUUUUUUAAAAAUCAUAUUAUGAAAUGCUAUGAGUCAUUUUUUUUUUAACCAAGAGCCUAGGGUCAAAUGGUUGGGACCCUAACAGGUGCAUUGCUGUAUUUUUUUACUGCAAUGUAUGUCUCUAGAAGCUGGAACUUAAAAGGAAUAAAAGUGUACCUAUUAAUGUAUCUAUUGUAUUUGUGAUGCUGUGUGAUGUUGAAAGAGGUGUUUUUGUUCUCAUGAACAGAUACAGUACUCACACCUGUAGUAGGUGUUGUUUCUAUCCCUUCCUCUCCUGCAGCACGGAAUUUUGGGUGUUUUGUACCAGCCUGAUUUCUACCUGCUGAGAAAGUUGUUUGUAGGCACUCUUAAUAGUGCUGCACCAUUAUGAAAAAAAAUAAUAAUAAAUGUUUCCUUGUAAAUGUC